UCUGAUCCUGACUUCCUCCAACUGCUGACAAGCCGCUGCCUCUUGACUCUAAAGUUUUCUUGUUUUGAUGAGAAAGAAUCUCCAGAUCCAGUCCCAGACCUGGCCCCCAUGCUGCUAAGGCUCUUGCUGUUGAUCUGUGCUCCACUCUGUGAACCAACUGGUAAGUUGCACUUCCUUUUCUUCUUCAUGGUGUGUGGGUAUCUGAUCAUUUGAGUCAGUGCAGGAGGCCUGGGGAUGGCUGUCUGAUAUCCGGUAUACAGAUGACAGCGGCUCCCUUGGGCCCAGGUUGCUUGUGUUCACAUGACAAGCAUGACAAGUGCCAGCUCAGCUGGUGGAGCAGAUCUUGGUCUGAUCUUCUCAAGACCACAGUCUUGUUUUUCUGGGACAUCCCAGCUUAGGGAUGCACAAAGAAGUCAGGGGAUGCUGAAGAUUGAUGCUAGAAGACUCUCUGCCCUCUGCCAGAAGGGCUCCAAGGUCCCUGUGCAUUCCCCAGCUGCUUGCUCCAUCGGGAAUGUUGAAGAGAAUGCCAAAGUCACAUCUCCACAGAGAACAUCACAGUCACUGCUUGGAGGGACCACAUACAAAAUGAUAUAGACUGCUGCCUAUAGACCUUCCUAUUUUCGGACCUGUUCUGAAGUCACAACUGCUCCCCCAUUUUUUCUCCGGUUUAUGCAAACUUACUUCAUCACUCUGCUCCUGAUUCAGUCUUGCCUUUACCAGAUGAAUAGAAGAGGAAAUUUUCCCCAGAGGAAAUCUUUCACUAAAGUAUGUUUAAUCUAAUAUAUGUGACUCUUGUGCCUAAAAUAAUAAUGAUGGGGAUAAAAGAUGUUAUCCUGCUACUUCAAGAACACAGGCUGUAUGUGCAACUAGGGAAACACAGGGUUAGGAAUUCCUAUAACCAGAGAUACUCAGAACUAGUCAGCCUUCUGGGUUCCUCACCUGAUGUUUGUCCAAGUCUAACUCGUGCCUUGCGUUAAUGCCAUCAUGUCUCAUGCUUGGCUCUGCUUUUACUCCAUAAGUGUACAUGACCAAUUAUAGCCUAAGCAGAUAUCCAGAGCCACAUCUGGGAUGAAGAAACAAAGCUUCUGCCACCAGGAAUUUGCCAGGUAGUCCCUGUGCCUGAGAAUGAGCUGAAACAAGCUCGGAGGUGCAAGACUGUGUCCAGACCUGUGCAAACUGGCCUGUCUAGUGUCCUACUCCAUCCCUACCCCAGAUUCACUCAGAAGGGUGGGUUGCAGGUGCCCAGAUGCCUUUUUGAUUCGAUUCUCUGCUCAGCCCCCAAAGUUAUGCUGCAUCUCAGUCCUCUGAGACUCCAGUUUUCCAAGGAAAGAAAGUGACUAAUGCAUAGGGUAUUCCAUGCCUCAGCACAGAGCAAACAUUCUGGGCCCAUGGUUGAAAUGAUUUUUUUUAAAAGUCUCACUUAAAAAAUUCUCAUAGGAAAGCUCGGAGAUUUUAGAUACUGGACCAGGAAUCACCCCUCAGUGAUCUAGAACACUUACCAUUUUCACCUGAUGUGCAGAGAAAGAGGCUUUUCUAAGGAAUAUUCUUAAAAAUUCCCAUAGAGCAGAGGCUCUGAGGGAUAAAUAAAUGCCCCAAGAGCCAGUGCUAUCAGGGCUUUUGGUGUUUCAUGGGCUGCUGCCACUGUGAUUGAUAGGGGAUGAGAUGAAAGCAGAACAUAACUCUACCCAUCUUUAAUUCAUCCAGGAAAGGACUUCUAUGGCCAAAAAAGUGAACAUCCAUGAGGGUCUGAACCUCAUGGAUGUGUGGAUGCAAGCUAUUUCUAGGCAGGUGCAUGCCUGUUCCUUCCAUAAGGACUAUCCAUAAAAGGGGAAGGAGAAAAACAGUAGAGAAGAAAUCGAGUUCCUCCCAGUAUUUAUCAGACUGACUGAUCCUCCAUGUCUCAUAUUCUGGCUCUGAAAGAGAUAGUAUGGGUCUGAGACAUCAGGGGAAAAGGGAACAGAUAAAAAUGACCUCUAUGGCUUAUAACAAGGAUGAAUGAAAUAUAUUUUCCUAAAACUUCAAGCUUCACCUUCCCCAAUGCCAACCCCAGCGACAGUCAUCAAUAUCCCUGCACUGUCUCCCAAAGUGUUUUCAGUUCAUGGAUAGAAACUUCAAAGAGUAAGAACCAGAUCAAAGUGCUGUUUGUGACAGUCAGCCCCUCUCCACCUAUAGAGGGGAACUCAAUGACUCUGGCCUGUAAUACCCGGACCCCUCCACAAACGUUAGAUACCCCUCCACAGAAGUUAGAGGUUCAGCGCCAGUUCUGUUUCUACAAAGAUGGCCUGGCCCUAGGGCUGGGCUGGGACAGCCUCCCUGAGCUCCGGAUUCCCACUGUGUGGAGGGAGGACUCAGGAUCUUACUGGUGUGAAGCCAAGAUGACAUCACUCAAGGUCAUACGGAGCCCGAGAGUCCAGAUAAAUGUGCACAGUAUCCCCAUCAGUAAGGUGAGCUUGGAGAUCCAACCUCCAGAUGGACACCUGAUGGUGGGAGAGAAGCUGGUUCUUGCCUGCUCAGUCACUGGGGGCACAGGAGAGAUCACCUUCUUCUGGUACAAAGGGUCCCUGGGUUUAAAGCUGGACAUGAAGACCCAGCUUUCACCAAAGGCCAAGUUUGAGAUCCCUGCAGUGAGGGAGAGUGACUCUGAGCAGUAUUACUGUGCAGCUGAGAAUGGCUAUGGCCCCAGGCUCAGUGAGCUGGUGAACAUCACCGUCAGAAUUCCAGUGUCUCGUCCUGUCCUCAUCCUCAGGGCUCCCAAGCCAGACGCUCUGGUGGGGGAUGUGGUGGAGCUUUUCUGUGAGUCCCACAGAGGCUCUCCCCCAAUCCUGUACCAUUUUUAUCAUGAGAAUGUCUCCCUGGGGAGCAGCUCAGCACCCUUUGGAGGAGGAGUGUCCUUCAACCACUCUUUGAUGGCAGAACAUUCUGGAAACUACUCCUGUGAGGCCAACAAUGGCCAGGGGGCCCAGCGCAGUGCAGUGGUGACACUCAACAUCACAGUGCCUACGGAGGAUAGAAAAGAACCUCUUACUUCUGGAGUCAUUGGGGUGCUGCUUGGCAUCCUCAGUCCCACCGCUAUCGCCCCGUUAUUUUGCUGUUGGCUCAAGAGAAAAAGAGGGAGACUUUCAGCCAGGGAUCCACCCAGGAGCCCUCCCAGACCUGCACCCCAACAAACCACCUAUAUCAACUCCCAAGCCCUGAAGCAACUACAGCCUGUAUAUGAAAACGUGAAUGUUGUAAGUGGGGAUGAGGUUUAUUCUUUGGUGUACUGCACGCAGCAGGAACGGCCAGCAACAGCAGAAGAACCCUCAGAGACAAAUAUUGAGGAUAAGGACUCCUCAGCCAUCUACUAUAGGCUAAUGGCAGAUCUUACAGAUGUGGACUAUGAAGAUGCUAUGUAAAGUUAUGGAAGAUUGUGCUCUUGGGAAACCAGCCAUGACCCCAUAUAUCAAACUAAGACAUACCUCAGGAAUCCUGGGGAGUCGGCUUUCCAGUACACCUCAUACAGGAGCUUUCCUCCAACAGACUAUUCCUGCUUUCACUGUGAAGUGAAGUUGGCUCAAGUUUUGAAGAGAUCCCCCAGGAGAACCAACCUGAACUCAGGAAUGGGAAGAAAUUUGUGGCCAGAGCACAAUUCCUAUUGGUUCUUUUAGGUGCAGGUCAAACUGUGCUCUAACUUCUCUUUAAUAAAGAAAAUAGGAUGGGAAUAAAAGAACUUGAGCCCUUGGAGUAAAAAGACAGUGAAGCUUAGUGUGUACAAACCCAAGGUUAGCAAUUUUGUGGGACUGCUCCAUGCAGAGAGGUAUGUCCACCAUUUUUGGUCCAACUGCUUUCUCUGCACAGACAGUACAGAGCUCCAGCCCUGCCACUGAUAUUAGUCAUCCUGUUUCCACUUAAAAUAUGUGACUCAGUGCAUUUGGGGUCACUGUUACCAAAUUAGAAUGAAAGCAAAGUUAUAUAAAAAGUUAUUGUGGGUACACUCAAUUUUAAAGACAUAUUUUGCAUGCACAGGCCAAUCUAGAGGCACCAUAUUUAUAAUGAGGUAUAUACUCUAGUAAGUUUCACUACAUCCAAAGUUUUGUAUUUGUUGCAGCCUCUAGAAGCUUUAUGAACAUGUUUUCUUCUUUAAUUCACAAACUUUUUGAAAAUGUGAUAAUAUGGUUUGAAGUCUGUAUUUUAAUUUUAAAACAAGCAUAAGCUAACACUUAAAAGUUAGAGCAUUUUAAAUGUAUAUGAUGUAAAAAUUAAAGUCUUCCUUAUAAACUAACACUGAAAAUGGUAUCCACUAUUAAAAGCUUAGCAUUGUUGAAAUCUUACCUUCUCAGAUAUUUUCCAUUUUUUAUAGAAAUAGUUCUACAUACAUGUGAAUAUAUAAAUAUUUAGAAGUAAACCUAUUUAAUAAAAUAUCAGGAAAUGUUUUCAAGUCUGUAUGUAGAUUAUUGUACUAUUUUAAAAGGCUAUAUGGUAA